AUGGAAGGAAUUGAUAUGCAUAAAAAGAUCAUGGAAUAUAAGAUAGAAUCCUUAAAGGUUGACAAUGCACUGAUGAACUUUUAUACGAAAUGUGAAAUGCCAGAUGAAGCAUUAGAAAUUUUUGACCACCUCAAAAGUGAAAAGAAACCAAUUGAUAUUAUAACAUGGACUUGUACUAUUCAAGCUUACAUGUCCAAAAAUCAAGUUUCAAAAGCUAUGUCCUUACUCUCAGAAAUUCAAUUAUAUCAAACCCCUGACCCAAUAUUGUUUUCAACAGUAUUACAUAUUUGUGCUGAAAAUAGGUUGAUUGAAGAAGGACAGGAAAUUCAUCAAAGAAUUAACAAAUUGAAAAAGCAGAAUAUCAUUUUAGACAAUGCACUGAUGAAUUUUUAUACGAAAUGUGGAAUGCCAGAAAAAGCAUUAGAAAUAUUUGAAAAACUCAAAAGUGAAAAGAAGCCAAUGGAGGUCAUGAUAUGGAACUGUGCAAUUCAAGCUCUUGGUGAACAAAAGAAGGCCAUUGAGGCAUUUUCUCUUUUCAAAGAAAUGGAAAAUGAAGCAUUAGAAAUAUUUGAACAACUCAAAAAUGAAAAGAAACCAAUUGAUAUUAUAACAUGGACUUGUGCUAUUCAAGCUCUUGUACAAAAGAAAUGCAUUGAUGAGGCAUUGGAUUUACUUGAAACAAAUGGCAUCCAAGUCGACGAAGUGAUUUAUGUUGUACUUUUGACUGCAUGUGCAAACGAUGUGUCAAUAGAAAAAGUCUUUAAUGAUGUGGAAAGAGCUGAGAGAGCAUUUAACAUUUUAUUAGAGCUCGAUAAGGAGCAAGCAACUCAUUAUGUUCUAAUGUCGCAUGUGUACCUUCAAAGUGAUCAACCAGAAAAAGCAAAAGAAAUAAGGGAAUUGAUGAAAAAAAAUGAGGUACAAAAGACACCUGGCAUUACUACAAUUGAAAUUAAUGGCAAAACUUAUCAUUUUUACUACAAUGACGAAAGCCACCCCAAAAAGGAGGAAAUAUUUCAAGAAUUGGACAAGUUAUGCCAAGAAAUGGAGCUCGCAGGCUAUGUUCCAGACACGAGAUGGGUUACUAAAACGGAUGCCAAUGAUGAAGAAACAAAGAAACAUUUACUUUCAAGGCAUUCUGAAAAAAUUGCAUUAUCAUUUGCUUUCAUUUCCCUUCCACCUGGAUCACCAAUAACAAUACGAAAUAAUCUGAGAAUGUGUGGAGAUUGUCACACAGCAACAAAGUUUAUAUCAAAAAUCAGGAAGUGUGAAAUUACGGUUAGAGAUGCCAGUAGAUAUCAUCACUUUAAGGAUGGAAAGUGCAGCUGUGGAGACUUUUAA